AUGCCCCUUUCACUAAAAAGCUUGGUAUCUGAGUCUGAAUCAGAGAGUAUUAAGGUCCAGUUUGCAAAAGUUUUGGAAAAUCAAUUAGCCAAAAUAAGGGCUUUCACCGACUCCUCUUUUGAUGACUUGACCAAUUCGCAUCACACACAUCCAGCCUUAGAAAUCGUGCAGCAGUUUGGUGACAUAACUUCCCAAAGAGCAUUCCAAGCUAAGUUGCAAGAAAUAAAUGAUGAGACACCUUCAUCAGAAGAGUUUGAGUAUUGGGAUCUUGAAACGAAACUUUGGAGACUUGUUGAAGCGUUGUACUCGAUUCGGUUGAGCUCUUCCGCGACUGACAAUGAACUCGAGGACGAAGAAUUGAAAUCAAUCUUGAACUGGUUGCAAGAAAAUUCUGUGGAGCCUACUGUACCUGAUGUUAAGGGUUCAAGCAACAAGUUACUACACACUGGGCUUUCCUUUGGCAGUGAAAACGACAAGAUACUGGUACAACACUUGGAUGCUGACGCACCAUUGAGAAGUAAAAGGAAAUUCGAGCUUGCUGACGAUGAGAAGAACUCAGAGGAUUUUGCAAACAUUUACAAAUUUGUAAUUUUGGGUCAGAUAGGAGCAGCAAUAGAUUAUGCUAAAAACACUGGGAAUUUCACAACAGCAUUGAUUCUUGUUGAAGCACUAGAAGACCGUAACGAGGGAGACAACUUCAGACCGAAAAAAGAACAAAACAGGUCUGCAUGGAUUAGAGUCCUCUACAAGUUGUCUCAAGAACCUUAUUUAAGUCUCUCUGAGAGGUUGAUUUGGGCGUAUUUGAGUGGAGGUGAUAUUGGUGAAAACUUGAGCCGUGCCUCCUCCUCAUACGAGGAAUAUUUGAAUGUGUUGAUCCAAAAACUCCUUGUGAAUCAUGUUUUAACAAAGGAAGGCAAAAGCAAAUUCGAUUACAUUCAUAUCCCUCCACCACAAGCGAGAUCAAUAAGUGAAAUUCUCGAUGUUGUGUCAGCAGCCAAUGGAACAAAGGCGCAAGAGGAAAGCACACAUCCAAUUAGAGUCAUAUCAGGUUCUGUGAUGAUCAACACUGUGGAGUCUAUAAUCGGAUCCGUUGACGAAUACGCUGAUGAGAAUAUCUUUAGAGUAUUGACCCAUUUGGCAAUUUUUCUUGCGUUAGUAAAACCACUACAAAAUCCAGGACAAUUGGGUGAUUUAAUUACCUUGUAUAUCUCAAAGUUUUCCAAAACAGAUCAAAUCGAGUUGAUACCGUUGUAUUUGUCAUUUAUACCAAACGAAACCAAAUCAAGAGAGGUGUACUCGUUGAUACUUUCUUCGGUCACAGACAAGCAGGAACGUUCUAAGCACUUACAAGCAGCAAGACGGAAUGCUGCUUUGAUGGAUGAAGAUGGAAUGGUUCUUGCAGGUGACGUGGCAAAGGAUAAACUUGACAAUGUCUUGAAGAUGAUUGUUGAAAAGGUAAUGCAUAGCACUGCAUCUCAUUACGACAAGCAUGGUGGAACAAUUGUGAUCUCUGACGAAGACCUGGAGGACGCAGUGAGCGAAGAUGAUGUGGAGUUAUGUAGUGCUGUUGCCUGGCUUUAUGAUAACAAUAUGUUUGAAGAUGCCAUAAACGCGACGGCAGAAGUCAUUCGCCGAUUCCUCAGAAAUGGUAAAUUAACCAGUUUGAGGAGAUUUGCAGAAGACAAAAACUUCAAGAGUCUCGUUUCUGCUUACAAUCUCCAGGUUACAGGAGAAGAGUAUGAUGCAGUUAGUGAAAACACAAAACUCGAGUUGGCAAGCUACGAGAACUUUGUGGAAGGGUUGAGGUUGUUGGAUCAAUGGAGAAGCUUUACAGCUGAUAAUAAUACAUAUGAUGGAUCAACUGUUGAGGCUGCACUCGCCAAGACAACCAAACUUAUGAACAGCCUCAUUUUGAAUUGGUUCCAGAGUCUGGAAGACCGCGAGUUGGUGGCAUUUAGAGAAUCUUAUGUUCCCUAUUUGAUUAUGGAGUUGCUUACAAUUUAUGAAAAUGCUAGAGAGAAAGAUUGGAAAUAUAUAAGGUUGGCUUUUGAUUUGGCCAAUCAAGUCGCUGAUGAUGAGGCUAAUGACUUGCUUCGGUGUUUUGAGGCUAGCGGGCAAUUAAAAGAUUUUUUGAAAAGAGUUGGCCAAUUGUCUGCCACUGCUACUGAGAGAGGGUUGAAUGGCUUGUACUGUUUAUAG